UCGGGUGAAAAAAAGUCAAAAAAUUCCAAAAUGAAGAGCCCUAACCAAGAAACAUCAAGUCACACAAGAAAUUGUUUUAAUGCUAAGUUUGAAAAUUUGAAGACUAAAGUUGGUGAUAUUUCAAAGUUAACUAAGCAACUUGCUAAAGAUGAUCCUAGGAGAAUUGUUCACACUAUCAAAGUUGGGUUUGCCAUCACAUUGGUCUCACUCUUCUACUACUUUGAUCCUUUCUACAAUGGCUUGGGUGUCGAUGCAAUGUGGGCCGUUCUCACCGUGGUGGUUGUCUUCAAAUUCUCUGUUGGUGCAACGCUAAGAAAAGGGGUGAAUAGAGUAGUUGCAACAGUUCUAGGUGGAUUUUCAGCAGUUGGAGCUCACAAAUUAUCCAGUCUUCCUGAGGAGAAGCUGCCUAUGCUAGAGCCUCUUUUUCUUGGACUUUCCGUUUUCUUAACAGCUGGAGUAAUGACAUUUAUACGAUUUUUCCCAAAGAUAAAGACGAGAUUUGAUUAUGGACUAUCGAUAUUCAUAUUGACAUUCAGUUUAAUAUGUGUAUCGGGGUAUCGAACGGAUGAAAUUCUAGACAUGGCAAGUAGAAGGAUUACCACCAUUUUAAUAGGAACUUCUACGGCUGUUAUUGUUUAUGUCGUCAUAUGCCCUGUCUGGGCGGGCUCUGAUCUUCACUCACUUGCUGCCACCAAUCUUGAAAUCCUUGCCGAUUUUUUUCAAGAAUUCGGAGGAGAAUACUUGAAAGCUUCUUCGGAUGCAUUCUCGAAGGACAACAAUAAACUCACACUAGACAGAUUGAAGAAAGUAGUCGAUUCCAAAAAUAAUGUAGAUUCUUUGUUUAAUUUAGCAAUGUGGGAGCCUCGGCAUAGACACUUCAAGUAUGAUCAUCCAUGGACACAAUACCAGAAUAUAAGCGAGUUGGCUCGGCGUUGUGCUUGUAGAGCUGAAGUUCUCCAUAGUUUCCUAUAUACUCAAGUCCAGACACCAACAGAAGUGAAGGCCAAGUUCCGUGAAGCAUGCAUGAUGAUGAGCACAGAAUCAGGAAAAGCCCUGAAGGAACUAUCGUUGGCAAUCAAGAGAAUGAACCAACCUUCGAACGCAAAUCACCAUGUCCAAAAUGCCAAACAAGCAGCUGAAAAUCUCUAUCCCUUGUUAAGAUCAAACAUACGAGAAAAUCUCAAUCUUUCAGAUGUAAAACUAGCAGCCACAGUCGCCACCAUACUAGCAGAUGUAGUAGCUUGCACCGAGGAGAUUGCAAAGGCGGUCCAAGAGCUUGCAUCUCUAGCCAAAUUUAAAGAUAAGAAUAACACCGUCGUGGAUGGUAGGGCUGCGUGUGGAAUCAACAGAAACAAAUUGGCUAAUCAAGGAUCAAUUAACAGAAGUUAUCUUAAUAAUAAUCAGUUGAUUAUAAUUCAUGAUGGGGAUUCAUCCCCACUUUGUUCACCGAAAAUUUCAAUAUCGGAUCAGGAUCCACCUUCCUUGGCUAUAGCUCAACAAAAUGCAGAGUAA